GAAAAGGGCUGGGUUUAACAUUUUUCUAUUUUAUUUUUUUAAUCAUUUUAAUUUAGUUUUGAGGAUGGAACAGCCAAGAUGUUGUUCCAAAAUAUUAUAUUAUGUUAUGUUAUGAUCUUAUUGAACGAGAUACACCUGUAACCCAACUUUAGGCCUGGCUGAAUCUAUAACCUGAUUGUUGACGUAGUUAAAUAUAUAACCUGGCUGUUGAACGGGAUACCCCUGUAACCUAGCUUUAGGCCUGGCUGAAUCUAUAACCUGAUUGUUGACGUAGUUAAAUAUAUAACCUGGCUGUUGAACGGGAUACCCCUGUAACCUAGCUUUAGGCCUGGCUGAUUCUAUAACCUGAUUGUUGACACAAUUAGAUCUAUAACAUGGCUGUUGAACGGGAUACCCCUGUAACCUAGCUUUAGGCCUGGCUGAUUCUAUAACCUGAUUGUUGACACAAUUAGAUCUAUAACCUGGCUGUUGAAUGAGAUACCCCUGUAACCUAGCUUUAGGCCUGGCUGAUUCUAUAACCUGAUUGUUGACACAAUUAGAUCUAUAACCUGGCUGUUGAAUGAGAUACACCUGUAGCCUUGCUUUAGGCCUGGCUGAUUCUAUAACCUGAUUGUUGACACAAUUAGAUCUAUAACCUGGCCAUUCACACAGUUAAGUCUAUAACCUGUCUGUUCAACGGAAUGCACCUGUAGCCUUUGCUGUAGGCCUGGCUGAAUCUAUAAUCUGAUAAUUGUCCUGAUUAAAUCUGUAACCUUGUUGUUGGCCUGGUUAAACCUACAACAUAACCUUACUGUACCUGCAUCUUGGCUGUUAGUGGAAAUUACAGUGUGACUUUUAUUUGAUUCAGUUAAACCUACAAUCUGGAGGGAUGUUCACUUGAUUAAACUCCACAUUAACAUGAUCACCUCACAUUCUGGAUCAUGUGUUAUUGUGAUUGGUCACUUUGUGUUGUAUCUUGUAACACAUGUAAGAAUGCCCAUUGUCUUGUAGCACAUGCACUUCUUCCUUUGUCUAUGUAGCACAUAUAGGAAUACCACUUGUACUGAAGCACAUUUAGGAUACCACUAGUACUGAAGCACAUGUAGGAUACUUGUACUGUAGCACAUGUAGGAUACCCCUAGUACUGAAGCACAUGUAGGAUACCACUAGUACUGAAGCACAUGUAGGAUACCACUUGUACUGUAGCACAUGUAGGGAUACCACUUGUACUGUAGCACAUGUAGGAAUACCACUAGUACUGUAGCACAUGUACUUAUACCACUUGUACUGUAGCACAUGUAGGAUACCACUUGUACUGUAGCUUGUGUAGGAUACCACAUGAAGUACUUGUCUUCUAGAUCUUUAUGGAUUUCCCUUUCGCUUGAAGCAGAUGUGGUUGGCAGUUCUCAAUUAGGGACGACUUUGUGUUAAUAAUAUUAUAAUUAUAUUUAUUUCUUAUUUUAUUGUCCAGAUUUCAUCAUUAUAUUUUUACCUGACUGUAUAUGUUUAACACUACAGCUUGAUUAUGUAAAAAUUGGUUUAUUUAUAUGCAUGAGUUGUUACCUCACACAACAUAGUCACCGAUAAGUUAUGUGUUACUGUAGAAAGACAUCAACUUAUUGAGUUGUUACCUCACACAACAUAGUCAUGUAUAAGUUAUGUGUGACUGUAAGAAGACAUCAACUUAUUGAGUUGUUACCUCACACAACAUAGUCACCGAUAAGUUAUGUGUUACUGUAAGAAGACAUCAACUUAUUCAAAACAAUACUUCCAAGUUGUUAAAACUGUUUCUUCACUCUAACUUAAUCCUAGUUCGUUACAGUCACAUUAUUAUUAAUAGUUUCGAUUUUGGUUGACUCUUCAUAAUUAUGAAUUCCAAAAUUCUUGUUACCACUUCGAGGUUCACAAUUGCAUCUAGCGCUAUGUCACAGGCCUCAGGUGCGGCCGACCCAGCUGGAGAUUUAUCAGCGUUUAUUUCCAGGGAGAUUGAAGGUUACAUGGGUCAACCUCUAUCUCUGUACCUCACCCACUUCCUCCAGAACAUGCUGAGCCUGUUGAGGCUAAUGAGGACUUGGAUCAUUUAUUUCCACCUUCUGAUUCUGCUGUGCCUUCCCAUGACCCUCUGAUGAUUCAGUUAGGCCUACUAUGGUCUUUUUUUGGAAUUUGUUUCUCAGGUAUGUGACGUUUUACCCCUUUCCCCUAUUUCCUAUGAACCCGUCCUUCCUUGCCACAUGACCAAUCUUCCCAUCCCUUUUUGGUUUUACCCCGUCCCCAGAUAUUCGGGUACAUGCUGACCAAUUUGCCUCACAAUUAAGUGACAGGAUUAGCAUGCCUUGCCCCCUGUGGGCUUUGGAUCAGUUUGCUCUUGCAUAUUAUCGUACAGACUACCCUUUUCUAGACCAACAAUUGUUAGGUUCUAUUUUACCUGUUUGGAGUGCGACCCCCAAAUCUCCUGUAAGUCUGACCCAUGCCCAAUUUUCCCACCUUCAUUUUAUCCUCACAACUCUUUUACAAUAUCUCUCUACCAUCCAUCUCCUCUAUGAGGCUCUCUGCCGAAAACCUGAGGGGUUUUCUGGUGACAUUCUCUCCCUUUUUUCCUCCACUUUGGAUUGUUUGUCGUCUUCGGCUCUGGAUUUGCAUACGUGGUUUCUCAAUUAUUGGGACUUUCUAGGUUGCAAUGCAUCAUUUUAACUCGCGUCUGUUUACCAGCAUCUUCGGGAUUUACUUAUGAAGCUAAAAAUAGGCUAACUCGUUGCCUUUUUGGCCAAUGGCAUUGCUCAAAAAAGGAAACCGAAAAAAAAAUAUUUCCAUAAUGAGUCUUUUUUUUUUCUUUCUUUUUAACCAAAAUGAGCUUACCCAAUUUGCAAAGAUGGGGCAUUGUUAAAAUGUCUAUAGCAAUUUCACUGAUGGCUGUGAAUAAAUGGACUUCUUGAUGUUGUUUAUCAAAAAUAUUAUAGUUAAAUACAUGAAGAUGCUGUAUGGGUAGAGGUGUAUUUUGUGUGUGUGUGCUUGAUACAGCUGGGAAAGGGCUUGUUGGUGUCGUACUCACCAUACUAGACGAGCUGCAUCUGAACAUUCCUGAUAUAGGAGGCAAAGGAUAUGAUAAUGGUGUAGACAUCUUGAUUGCAGUCUCACAUUUUAUAUUUUUGUUCCUUUCCAAGAACAUAGGCUGUAAUGGAGCAAGGUCAUCAAUCGCUGCUAUGAAAUAUUUUGGUGUGUUAAAAUGUGUGUAUUUGUUUUUCUUUCUAUUUUGGUAGGUUUUACUAAAGAAACAUGUUGAAAUAACCAUUAAACCUUUAUGUGAUACUUGUUGGAAGUCGAAAAUACAUUGUGGUAUGCUUCCACGAUAUAAUUCAAGAUGGGCGAUCGAAGCAGAGAUAGAUUAACAGAUCCUGCACGUUAUUCUGUGACACAUUCCUUUUUGAAAGAGAUAAGCAGCUGUGAAUUUAUUGUGUUAACAGUUAUGUGGUGUAAUGUUUUGGUUGAGGUAUAUCGUUGUUAAUAAAGCACUCAAAAUAUCAACAAUAAAUUUGAUACACCAAGUUUAAUUGUUGGUACUUUGGAGGAAUACUCUUAGGGUACAGAUAAACAAGGUAUCACACACUUACUACGGAGUCAGCCGAGUUCGUGACCCCAAAUUGACCUUUAUAGUUUCCAUACUGUAAUUUCUAAUAUUUUUUGUGUAUAUUCACGAAAUUUUGCAGGCUUUCAGUAAGCAUUAAAUCUUUUGUAGGCAAAAAAAAUCAGAAUUUUUAUGAACUAUUUUCACUAAAAAUUUCUCCGUGGAUAUAUAGAGUCAAAGUAUUGACUGUUCCGAAUGCAAAGUGAUUUUCAUGUUAAGAUUAAAAAUACUUCUGAAAAUUAUCAAAUUUCAUUUGCACAACCUCUACAACCUCCUAAAUAAAUUGCAAACGUUUCUUUUUCUAGUAGAACUUUAUACUUUAUUUGCUUUUUUUCUCUACUCUAACUCUAUACGAGGUUGGCCAAUUUGACCGACCUUGUAACCCCCCAUAAAAAAAAUGAAAUAAAUCUAAAUUACCAUUUUUUUUUCUAGAAUGACUUAAGAUUGUAACAUGCAACUAGAUUUGUUUAUCCUAAAUAGCUUUAAACUCAUAACAGUAUACAUCUGUUUCUACUAAAAUUUUAUUGUUUUACUGCCCUUUUAACCGUGUGUAACUAAUAUUCCCGCUACACAAGUUGUAAAUCACUUGGUGAACGUGUAGCUGACGUUAUCCUAUCGAAUUACAGUAACGUACGAGUAACUUGCGAGUGUACCUUGUGGAAUAUUAUUAUUAUUAUUUUUCUUUAUUUUACCUACUGUAACAUAAAACAGUUUCUAUUUUUUACAUUUCAGUUACUUUUAUAGUAAUAAAUACUUUUUCAAAGAAUUUUUUUCAGUUAUUUGAAGGAUACAAUAAAAUGUCUGGAUGUUUGUAUAAUAUUAACAUUUUAAACUCGAAACCUUCAGGUGAUCUGCUGAUAUCAUGCAAAAAUCUUCAAGUUGCUCUCUCAAAUGGGAAAUUAACGAUUGUUGAUUGUGAAGUGAACUUAGAAUGCUUUUGAUUAUGCUUGAACAAAGAAACCAGAAACAGCCCACAAGACAUUAAACGUUUUGAUAAUGAAUAAUUUUGUUUAGUUGUUUUCAAAAAUUUUCAUCAUGUGAAUUUUACAGAUAAUUUCAGUGAUAUUUGCAUCACGUGAGCAUUCCUUUUCAAAAUUGAAACUCAUCAAAACUUGUUUGUGAUACACCAUAUCAAAAACUCUUCCAUUAUGGCGUUAAGCAUAACAUAUCACGUGGAAUAGAUUUCACAAAAAUAUUGAUAACUUUAUCAUUGCUAAAGCACGUAAAAUAAGCUUCAAUUGAAUGAUGUAGUAGUUAUAAAAGUACUGACAAACAAUAUAGCAGACAGCUUAAGAUAAGUGUAAAAUGAUUUUAUUUUUUAGGCUUAAAAAGUAAUUGAAUAAAUUUUAACAUAAGAAAUGUAUUUCAUAUCAACAUUUCUUGUACAGAAUACCAACGGCACCACGCUGGCAGGCUGGGACUGAAUAGAAUAAAAGGCCCCCAAAUACCCUAAGAACACCUUAAUUGAAUGCAAAAUUAUAUUGUAUAAAAUGUAACGCUACAGUAAUCAUUAAUUUACAAAAUAUUUUCUUCGGGAUUAAGUAAGCUAGUUUGUAAUUUUUUUCUAAGAUGGAAAAUAAUUUCAUAUAGUGUAUUUUUUAAGGGAACAUUCAGAAUUAUAUAAGAAAAAUCUUUAAUUUUUUGCUUACUUAUUGUUGUCUCUUCGUUAUGAUCUUAAGUCGCUAGGAGGGACACUGUUCCUAUUAACAACAUUGAGACUAAGUGAAUGUUAGCGUACACUAGGCCUAAAUAGAACCCUAGGUUUUUGUUUAUUGUAUCAACCAUAAACCAGUUUGAAGGAAGGAAAACUUUUUAAUGAAGUUUGAUGAGUUCAAGGAACGGUAUAGGCUAACUAUUAUUUUAAUUUUCUAUAUUUUAACAACUAUUAACUGUGUACAGUUGCAAUGGUACCAAAAGAGCUCUGAUGUACUUGACAAUGUCAAAAAUUCUAGGCCUAGGUCUCAAAUGAAAUUGGGAUCAUUAGGCCGAAUGUUUAGUAAUGGCCGAUUACGAAUUUUCAACAGUGUUCUAAAGGAUAAAAACUCAUUCUCAAUUCAGUCAUUCACUGUUCAAAAUGAAAUAGUGAAGCAUAAUUCGAAUUCUAACUCUAGAAUUGGCCCUCCAUUCAAUAGGAAUGAUUUAUCAAUUACAAAUACAAGUUUAACCAGUAAUGUUAGACCUAUUUUCGGGACUGAUAAUUACUCCACAGUUAUGAAAAAGGGUCUGCUGCCUCUAUCCCAUAUUAUAAAUAACACGUGGACUAACGUCAGUGAAGAAAAUUCACAAGUAGGUAAUUAUGUUAUAUCACAAAAAGCCCCAACGUUUAUGAACAUUUCUCAAGAAGUUAAUAGUAGUCUUAAUAAGCUGCAGCCAUUGUUAAAUAUUAAAAAAUUAUCUGACCGUUUAAGAUUAAAACAGAAAGAAGAAAUAUCAAUAAGCACAAGCUUACCAUCGCCAACAAAAAAUUAUCGAAACCGAUCAAGGUCAGAUAAACUAUGCCCUAACAUUAGUAAUAGAUGUAUCACUAGUGGUACAAUGAACAUUGUAAAUACAUCUCAGUAUAUUGAAUUGUAUAAUACAACCACAGGAAGUACAAUAAAGACAAAAGAAACAAACAAUGUAGGCCUGUCUCAGUAUGUAUUGCAACCUAAGUACUUUAAGCCUAUACAAAGUGAAAAUGAAACGUGGAAUAAAAAUGGUAGCCGAUAUAAUCUUCCCCUUUCAACUAUUAAUCAAAUUCCUGAAAAUAUUGAGGGUAAAAAUGAUUUGACAAAAGAUGAGCUUGAAUCCAACCUUAGAUAUGGUAGUUUUAGAGCUAUUACGUCGCCCAUGAACACAACGGAGAACCUGAGGUUAAAACAUUUUACUGCUUUGGGUGUUCUGCAAGAAUCCGGAGAGGUUGGAGGCAAAGGCACAAAAGAAUAUCAAACAAAUUAUAAGGGCAUGAAUAGGAAGAAAUUAGCUGGCGUGCUGAAAACAGUCGGGAAACAUAAAAAAGUUGACUACAACAGAUUUGUUGAGAAACAUCAGGAGACUGGGGAUAGGUAUUACAGUAUGUUCGAACCUGGUGACUCUGGACUGGUGGGAUAUAAAAAUCACGAAUUUGGCUGGAACAAACGAAAAGACUGGCCUAACGUUGUCCCUACUUUCACAGAGACAGAUAUAUUAGAAAGUUACAAGAUCAAUAGCACUACCUUUAGUCACUUAAAUCAUAAAUCUCUGAGUACAGUAGCACAAAACGAUUCCUCUACUUUACGUUUCGUACAGAAACUCAAGCAACUGCUUUAUAGUGAUGUAACAAAUAAAGACGAUUUGAAAAAACUGGAAUUAAAAGAAACGGUAACAAAGAAGUCAGUUGUGGAUGAAAAAGUUACGUUUACAAAUGAAGACCUGCGUUGUUCGCUAGGGACUAGAUCUGAUCACAACUACAUCGGUGUCUUGAAUGAAGAAGACAGAAUAUCCGUUUUUAUAAUUGCACCAGUUGUAGGUAUCCUUUUACUGGUUUUUGUAAUAUUAGUAGCAAUUCUUUUGAUCAAACGAAAACAACUGAAAUUAUACACCGAGAGAAAUGCCAAGAAAAAGGAACACGAACUCAAACCACUUUUGGCUCCAACAAUAAUAGAAAAUAAUAAAAUGUUUAGAAAUCAUCACGUGGCAUAUUUACCAAGGAAGUCGUCUACUGUCCUGUUCGACUUGGCCUCCCCAUCCACAUCUAUCUUGAGUGUGUCUGACGGUCCAUCGUCGAAAGUUAGUCACGUUCCUAAGGUCAACGAGUAUUCAUCAGAUGACGUGAGUAUCGUUGACGCCUAUCUUAAGUUCCACAGGUCUCUUCCUUCCAAGUGACGUCGUGUUUUUCAAAAAGAACAAGAAACGAGAGCGGUCUUAAAACUGAGUAAUGUUUUCCGUCAGUAUUUUACAGUUCUUCUAAGAAUGAGUGUUCUAAUAUACAUAUAUCGUUUAUUUUUAAAAAAGGUCUUAAAUUUGCACAUAUGUGUGCUAUAUUUAAACUUUAUCUUUUUACUAUGUUGUCCACUAUCAUGAUGUAUAAAAAUGCCCAGUUUUAUGUUUUUGUGCAAGUGUAAAGGAAAUUUUGAUGAGUCGUUUGACUUAUUUUACGAAAAAUAUAAAAUAAAAUUCAAAAUAUGCAAAUAUUAAAAAAAGUUAAAAAUAUAAAUA